AUGAUUGCAAUCUUAAUGAAAGUCGAUAAACACUUGUUGGAUAAACAAUUACUCAGUACAAAACCAGCAAAACAUCCUGUCAAUUAUACAAAGUCCACAGCAAAUAUUAAAAAAGCAAUUACAAAUUAUUUAUCCGAAACAAAUCGAAAUUCCAAGAAAAAUCAAAUCAAACUUAAAGAAUUUCAACAGUCAAAUCAAGUAAACGAGAAUUCAAUCGACUUUACACCAGAAACAGGUGAGUUUUCUCAAAAUGAUGAGAAGAUUCUCAAUGAAAUCCCAAAUGACCAGAAUAAAGUGGUUAAUCAAGUGAUCAAAUCAAUGGCAAAUCCAUCAAAUUACAAAUUCGAUAAAACAUUACUCACCGAGAAUUUAUUCUCAAUCGAACAAAAGGGAAUCACGAAAAUUAACCGAACCAAAUUUCCAAAACAAAGAAGUAAUCGUUGUCUUACAAGAAAAAAGAACAUACAAAAGCCUAAUGGUGAUCUUGGUGAAAAAUUUUCGAAAAUUACUCGCAAAACAAGCAAAAUUGAGAAGGCUCAUUCAAAUUCAGACCACAGCAGUUCAAAUUCAGAAGUUACAGAUGAACCUCUCUCAGAUGAUUCUGAUGAUGAUUUCGAGGUAAAGGCUAAAG